GCGGCCGUGGUGGAGGCCGUUGCGUGUGUUUGUGUCAGUGUCGGAGUGCGGGGCUCGCGCUCUCUUGCCGAGAUACUGAGUGAGUAGGCAAGUGGGCCUGUGAAUUCGCGUCCUGUAGCCGUGGGUGACUAGCACACAGGGGCGUAGCUCAGGACUCGCUCCUCCGCACCGCCCGCCAGGUCUGCUGUCAAUUGCUCUCCCACACAGCCUUAGUCAGGCUCUGCUGCUACACAAGGACCCGGCCAACACAUCCCUGACACCAUCUUUUAGGGAGUGACAACAGCUAAAAGAUUGACAGCUUUUGCUAAACAGUGACAUACGCUUUUAGCACGAACGUAAUUUUGGAAAAAAAGUUGAGAUCAAUCAGUUGUGAGUAACGGAGGAAGUGAACUAAUGGAGGAAUAAUUAGAGCUGUCACGUCUGCUUUGUGAAGAAGUAGUGUAGUCUCGUGUUGAUCAGCCGAUUCCCUCACUAGUAAUAAUAAGCCUAGUAACUUAAGGUAUAUCUCUCAGUGUAAUUUAAGGUAACAGUGUACAGUAGUGAUGAAGGAGGAAGCUAUAGGUGUGGCGGCCCACACGGAGGCGCUUAGAGCCCUCAACUUGCAGCCUCCCAAGAUCCGCAGUCACCUCGACUUACUCUCGGACCCCCUGGCACCCCUCCGAGCGCCAUCCAACCCAGCCGCUGCUCACGCCCGCGUCUCCGCCGCCCGGAGUCUGAGGGGAGUGUUCCAGUCACGGCUCAAUGGUCCGCUGGGCUCCCUGCAGGCGCCCAUUACCCAGCGUCCCCACAACCCCCCGCCCUUGGCCAGGUCUCCCCGCUCGGUGAAGCGCCUAGCUGGUCGCUAUGCCAGGCCGCCCCGGGCCAGGAGCCAACCGGCCACUGACAAGGAGAAUGUCGCCGGCUUCGAGGAUGAAGAAGAUGAAGGUUUUGAGGAUGUAUGGGCGGUGAAUGGGCGUGAUGAGUCGCGGUUUAUGAGUGGUGGGCGUGAUGCUGAGGGUACAGAUACCAGAUGGGCUGGGGACCUCACUCGACUUUCCUCGGCCCUGGACCAGUUGGCCGCCCUCUGUAACGCCACCCAGCGGCCACAGAGCGCCCCUGCGUCGGAUUUCCCCCCCAAUAGUGUGCCCAGCAGCCCAGUCCACCACUCCUACCACCCACCCCCCAACCCCAUGCCCACCACUGUCUCCCCGACCUGUCCCGUUCACGGCACCAACGCUCUACUAGCGCACACACUGGCCGCCGCCCAGGCGUCUGCUGAGGGGGGCCUCUCCUCUCCCAAGACAGUGCAUCUAAUGCCCCAGGAGAGUGACUCGGGGGGCAGCUCGGCGGGACACGUAGCCUCUACUCCACCUUCCCCUAUUGGAGGCUCCGGGGGGCGGGAAGUGUCGGGCGUGGCUAGGAGGAUGGGCGUGGCUCUCCGGGCUCUGGGCGGGCGGCUGGCAGCGUGGAGUAGGGGCGUGGAUGGCUCCCAGGGGUCGUCACAGCUGUCAUCGUCGUCGUCAUCGUCAUCAUCACCUAUAGCUGCAAGACAUUCAGGUAAGUUACCUUGCUAAAGGUCGAGUUUCACCUUUACUGUCCAGUCAACAGUGAGAUGGUAGUUAAUUAUGUUGCCUUAAUUUUAAACCAUUAUCCUUAUUUACCUGUGUAUACGACAAGGUCCGGACACCACUCUGCCCUUCCUCAGUUUAGAUGAGUCGAUGAGUCAACCGGACGAG